AAACCUGUCAUAAUGUUUUGUAAAUGGGAGAGGUUUUUUUUUCCCGCCAUUGUGCAAAUGAAAGAUUAUUGUUUUUGUUAGAAAUUUUGAAUUCUUCAACCCAUUAGCGAAUUAAUAAUGGAUUCCCCUCCAUUCUCUGAAGUUUUACAAAAAACUGUAGUUCCUCUUUUGCUUAAAUACAUGCCCAUUAUAGUUACUGUUUUGGUAGCCUGGGUCACAAUAUCUCAGUUUUACUUCAAAGAAGAUAAGGCUGUCAAUAAAGAACAUGAAUCACCUACUCAAAAACCUAGCAAAAAAACAACUACAUCGACUGUUAAUAAAGCUCCCAAGAAGAAACAACAUCCCGAAAAGUGGACCCGGGAUCCCAAACAAAAUUUUACUCACGAUUGGCUUGUGACAUCUUUGAAAGGUCAUAGUGGCAUAAUACAGGACAUGGAUUUCAGUGCAAAUGGGAAAUUCCUGGCAACGUGUGCUGAUGAUAGGGCUAUCUUUGUUUGGAGUACAAAGGACUGGAAAGAGAAAGAUCAUAAAUUCAUAAGGUAUAAUGUUGAUUAUGAUCAUGCUUCUCUUAUUAGGUGGAGUCCAGAUUCUAAGGCAUUCGUUUACAACAGACAUUCUGACAACAACUUAGAUGUCUGCAAACUUAUUAGAAAACCUGAUGGAUGGAUAGCGUCUAUUAGUAAAGCAAUAUCAUUUCCGAAGGUUCACAAUCAAGAAACUAUAGGAUUAGGAAUAGCCGUAACUGGAAAAUUUAUAAUGACUUCAUCUAGCGGGACUGAAUUAGUUCUAUGGGAUUUGAAAGGAACGGAAAUAUCAAGGCUUGACACCUAUUUAAUGAAUAACUAUACUGCGAAAGUAUCUCCUUGUGGAACUUUCAUAGCUGCUUCUGGAUUUGCUCCUGAUGUUAAACUUUGGGAAGUCGUUUUUACAAAAUCUGGAGAAUUUAAACAAGUGAACCGAGCCUUUGAACUGACUGGCCAUACCUCAGGAGUAUUUGAUUUCGACUUCAGUGCUGACUGUAGUCAAGUAGUAACUGUUUCUAAAGAUGGAAAUUGGAGACUUUUCAAUAUAAAGAUUGAGUAUGCCAAAGGUGAAGAACCGCAUUUACUAAAAAGUGGAAAAUAUAAUUGUGAACCUAAUUCCAAGAAUACCGCCGCCAUUUCUCCUGACGGUCAAGUGAUCGCUAUUGGAAGUGGUUCUUGCCUUACCGUAAUCAAUGCCCUUGAAGGACUAGUUGAUUUAACGAUUCCACAUUUAUAUACAGGUCCAAUAACAAAGGUGUUAUUCGACGCAGCUGGAGAAUAUAUUAUAACUUGUGGAGAGAAACACGUUCGAGUUUUACAUAAUGUAACAGGCUAUAAGACUAGACUUCAUAUUGCUAAAUCCAAGUUAAAUGUAUCCGGUAAUUCACAAGCGACAAAAGAAAGACUUCAAAAGACUAUUGAGGAAUCAGAGAAUUUUUUAGCCAAUUUCUCUGAAUGAACUGAUUAAUCCUGUUAUUCUUUUUAUUUUAUUUUAUUUUUUACCAAAAUAUAUAUUUUAAAUGUGUAAAUGAUAUCUUAGUCAUCAUAAGACUUAUUUUAGAAUAUUUUUACAUGAAAUAAUAAACAUCAUUUAUCAGUUAACCAAUGCAUUAACUUAUUUGUUUAGUCCUCUGUUAUUUUUUGUUAUAAACAACUCGGCAAUAACCUUCAGGUUUGCAAAGUCUUUUAUAUUUUAUGUAAACCAUUCCAGUGCUUUUUGCUUCAUUUGAAACAUUAGUAUACAGUUCUUUGUAAUUUUAUAAAUACAAAUGUAUCAAUUCUUUGUGUGAUGUAUAAUAAAUAUUUCUUUUCUAAUAAUUAUCCUCCAU